UCCAUGAGGGCCUUCUUCAGCGAGGUGAAUGCUCUCUGGCACUCGUCUGUCCAGAUGAACUUCUCCCUGGGCCGUUGCAGCCGGAACAGGGGUGCGGCUAUUGUGAAGAAGUCCCUCACAAAUCUCCUGUAGUAGGAGGCUAGUCCUGUGAAACUUUUCACUUCGGAACCGGAGCUGGGGGUGGGCCAGUCUUCCACCGCCUGCACCUUUUCAUGCGUGGUGCCGAUGCCGCCAGAACCCAGCUUGUGCCCCAGAAAUCUGACCUCCCGUCUCAUGAAGCGGCAUUUCUGGGGGUUUAACUUCAGACCCGCUGCAGUUACCCUCUCCAGUACGCGUCUAAGCGCCCUGAGGGCCGUCUCAAAUGAGUCUCCAUGGGCCAGGAUGUCGUCUAGAUAUACGACACACUCCUGACGGGGGAUCCCAGCGAGCACGUUGUCCAUCAGCCUCUCGAACGUGGCGGGUGCAUUGCAGAGGCCGAAGGGAAGAACUUUGAACUGCCACAGGCCCCCGUGUGUGACGAAGGCGGUUUUGGGUCUGGCAUCGGGGGUGAGGGGGACCUGCCAGUAUCCGCUGCGUAGAUCCAACGAGGUGAACCAGGAGGACCCUGCCACCGCAUCGAGGGACUCGUCGACUCGUGGAAAGGGGUAGGCGUCCCUUUUGGUCACGCCAUUGAGGCGUCUGAAGUCCACGCAGAAGCGCCAGUCGUCCUUUGUCUUCUUGGGGACCAUGACGAUUGGAGCGGCCCAGGGGCUGGUGGAGGGUUCAAUGAGUCCAGCACGCUGCAUGUUCUGUAACGCCUUCUCCGCCGCUGCCUGUCGAGCCAUCGGAAGACGGCGGGGUCUCAUCCUGAUGGGCGGGGCAUCCCUUGUGUCGAUGCUGUGUUGGGCUAGGUGGGUCUGGCCCACGUCAUCCUCUGAUAGGGAAAAACUGUCCUUAAACUCUAAUAACAGCUGCCACAGCAGGCCCUGUUCAACGUGAGACAGUCCAUCACAGUUCCCCUGCCACACCUCCCUCACGACCAAGACCCUCUCUCCGUCUUCUCCCCCCCCACUACCAGUCGGUGCAGCGGGUGUGGGGUGCGGUUGCGCCUCUGUGGUGGUGGGCGGGGUAUGGGGCAGUAUUGGGUGUCUAUCCAGGAUGCAGACGGAAGUCGUGUUGGCCGCUGCCUCGGUUGCCAGGACUGCAACGGUGGGGGCCGGGGAACGUUUCGGCUGGGUGGGUUGUCUAGUCAUUUGCACUACGUGUCCGUCUGGGAAUGUGAGUGUCCCCCUCUUGGUGCUAAUCACACAGUCCAGUUUUUCGAGUACGUCCAGUCCCAAUAUGCAGUCUUCUAGUUCCGCUACCUAUAUUGGGCAGUGAAGUCUCUCCCUCCCCACCUCCACAGUCUCUAAUGUCUCCCCCACCAUAGGUGCCCGGUCCCCAGUGACUGUCUGUAAUCUCACCGUGGUGGGUAAGACUGUGGUCCCGCUCCCCACCGCGUCGGGUCUCACCAGGGUGGCUGAUGAACCCGUGUCAACCAGUGCGGAGCAGCAUAUCACCGCAAAUGUCACCGGGGCGUACCAGCAGUUUCCUGUCCCCGUCCGGCCCAGCAUAACGACUUGCACCUGCUGGCCGCCCUCACCCUCCCCUGUUUGCAAUGUCCCCACCUGAUCGUGUUGUGUUGUCUCCCCGCCUGUGCAGGGUCGGGACGCCGCCCCGGGGAGUCGCACCGUCCCGGUUAUGCGUUCCCCAUCCCGUUUCCCGGUUUCUCAGCCGUGUUGGGGCACUCUCUGGCCAGGUGGCCGGGCUUUCCACAUGCCCGUCCAUGGCCGCUGUUGCCCACUCAGCGAGAAAGGCUCCCCAGAAAGGCACAUUGCAAGCUGGAGGGCCUUAGCUUCAUUGGACCAAUUGUUAGCCCGGGAUAACAGUUCAAAUUGUGCAUGAAAAGCCUCCCAAUCAGCCUUGCCAUCGUACCUGGGGGUCUUCACUGAGAGAGGAGCCACGUUGACGUUAUCGCUCCCCGCGGCCAGCGGCCCCCUGCGCGCCGCACGUCCGUCCAUACUGUGGGCAGCCGGUUUAAACCCGGCCUCAGCAGCCAUUUGAGCGGUCAUUCUCCUCACCCGCUCUCUGCGCUCUGCCUCCUUGGCAGUUUCGUGUCGGCUCCGCUCACUGUGUUCCGCCUGCCAGGCAGCCGUGUAUCGACCCCACGCGCUGUUUUCCUCCUCCCGCUUGAUCUUGUUCACCUCGCCGGGCAGCAUGACUCCGUUUGGGAGGUUUGGAGUGCGUUAGGUUAGCUUAGCGUUAGCGGUGUAGGCGUACUUCCCUCGUAGCUUCGUCUCUUUCUUUCUUAUUAUUUAUUUUUACUUCUGACACCAGUGUAGCAUGUCACAAACCAGACAGAGGGGUUCUCGUUACCGCACUUUAAUCUCCUUAAUCACUAGGCACAUUUCCAAAACAAGAACAGUUCACAACCAGCUCAAAACACACGAGUCUCACUCACGCUUCCUCGUGGCCCCUCCCCUUCCUCCCCCAGACCCCAAAACAAUCCCUCCCUCAUCAACGUCAUCAACAGUCUCUUAAAGUAACAGUAACAGCUACUAACCAGAACUCAGUCCGUUACAGUAUUUUUAUUGUUUGCUUCUCGCGAGUGUUACUUCAAGUAUGUUCAGAUUGAAGUAUUGCUGUUUCUUUACAUUAGUUUUGGUGACGGCAAACUACAGGAAUGUUUGACAUUAAUUGUCAAAGUUAUUGCUAUUUAAAUCUGAGUUAAUAUCUGGUAAUUCGGUAUUUCUUCAGUUUUGAUACAAAUUUUUGUUCAAGCUUCAUAAAUAGUCUAUCUUCAGUUUUUAAGUUGUAUCACAAAAUACAUAUUGCUUCCUUCAUUUCUGUAUGUGUGCCUGUGUGCCAUUUGCCAAUCAGACUUAAUCGUGUUUAAUUGUGUUUACAGUAACUCUACCCCGGAGUUUACAAUUCUUUAAUUUCCAUUUUCCCACUGCAGUAUCGUUAUUGAAAAAUUAAAUCUUUCUUUUUUCUUGACCGUUGACAUUUUUAAAAUGUUUUUAACUGCUGUAAGGAUGUAUGUAUCCACUAUGCCAGUUUCUCAGUGUAUUUCUCAAUGCAUUUUUUCACUGGGGCUGGAGGAGGUGGUUUCAGCUCUCUCUCUCUCGCUCUCUCUCUCUCUCUUUCUCUCUCUCUCUCUCUCUCUCUCUCUCUCUCUCUCUUAUACACAGGCACACAAGCACAAACACAUAUUCACUUUUACAGACAGGCUCACCACCAUCAGGUCUAAGGCUGUAGCAACUACUUGGAUUCAACAGGGAGUACAACAUUUUCGCCAUGUUUGGCUGCUACAUGAAGUCUGCCAUUAUAUUCCUUGUUGUGACACUGCACCUGUGCAUGGUCGCCCCAUCCUCUCCCGUGAAUAAAAUACGUCAGAAAAGAGCCUGGAUCAUAGACUCAUUCAGCAUUGAAGAGGAACAUCCUGGACCUUUCCCAUAUGUGCUUGGAAAUGUCCAUGUGGAUCGUGACUACCGGGUGAGAUUCAAACUCCAUGGAAAUGGUGUUGAUGAAGAUCCUAAGGAAGUCCUCAGUAUAGACCCAGACACUGGAGUCAUUUAUGUCCUGGGGAAACUUGACUAUGAGAAGUACCAAGUCUUGAAGCUGAAAUUUGAAGCCAGAAAUGUGUCUAAUCAGCAACUGGACACAAGGCUAGGAGUGGAGAUUACAAUAAAGGACGUGAAUGACCAAGCACCUACAUUUCGGGAACAACUGUAUGAAAUUUCCAUUGAAGAAUCAAUGCAUCAAGGAACAAAUGUAAUUACUAUGUUGGCCACAGAUGAUGACAGAGCAGGUUCCUUAAAUGCAACAGUUCGAUACAGUAUAAAAUCUGUGACCCCCAGCACACCUGAUUCAGAAUUCUUUAUUGAAAAGAAUGGCAGAAUAACUUUCAAAGGAUGUCUGGACUAUGAGAAAGCCAAUAAAUAUACCAUUGUGGUUGAAGCAAAGGAUCUUGGGGAGAAGGUUCAACUGUCAAGCUCAACCACUGUCAUCGUUAAUGUUCUGGACAAAAACAACCACAUGCCUGUCUUUGCUGGUCGCACAGGGGUAGAUCGAGUGAUGGAGAGGGCAUCUGGGAUGACUCUUUUCAGAAUACAUGUCACAGAUAAAGACACGAAGGGAACUGCCGCAUGGAGAGUGAAAUACACAAUAAAGGGAGACAAGCAUGCAAACUUUCAGAUUGAAACUGACCCAGAAAACAAUGACGGAAUCCUGUCAGUCGUAAAGCCUCUGGACUAUGAGGAGGACUCAGAGAGACAGCUGACCAUCACCGCAGAGAAUGAGGACCCAUACUUCUCCUGCCAGCUCAAGAGGAAGAGUUCUGGCACUCUCUGGAAGGUGACUAAUGUUGAUGGCGAUCCAGGAAGAGGAGGCACGCCGGUUCUUGUGUCUCAGGACGUCACCAUUCUUGUGGAUGAUGUCAACGACCCCCCAGAAUUUAGUUACUCCACCAGGACGGCCUUGGUAGAUGAAGAUGAAGGGAUUGGACACCUCUUGGAGACAUUCACCGCCAAGGACUCAGAUGGAAAAUCUGCCGAUGACAUUGAGUAUGUGGUAGGCGAUGACCCUGCUAACUGGGUGAGAGUGGAUCCCAAAACUGGUGCAGUUACAACAGCUAAUGUACUGGAUAGAGAAUCAGAGCAUGUGGUGAAUGGCACCUACAUCAUUACCUUAUAUGCAAUUGAUAGAGGUGAACCUCAAAUGACUGCUACAGCAACACUCACACUCCACGUGGCAGACAAGAAUGACAACUUGCCCCAGCUGCAGUUGAACACAAUGUCCAUAUGCCUGUCGGAUGAAAACACUAUGACUAACAUCACUGCCUAUGAUGAUGAUGGCGAUCCUUAUGGUGGCCCCUUUCGAUUUGAGCUGCUUGGUGAUGAAGAAAACAGAUGGAGUCUUGAUACCAACUAUGGGUACACGGUGAAUCUGAUAAAAAAGAGCAGCGUUUACGCUGGAUUUCACCAGCUGCAGUUGAAGAUCUAUGACCGGCAAGAACAGUUCUCUGUGCACAACAUCUCCAUCGCCACGUGUGACUGCUCCGUCAGGCCUGACUGCUGGGACCGGGGAGCCUCCUCCAGCUCCCAGAUCAAUGGUGCCGGAAUUGGGAUCAUACUCCUCGCCUUGCUAGCGCUACUGGGGAUCCUGCUUCUGGCCUUUCUCUUAACCUGUGGGAGGGAGAAGUUUGAGCUCCCAAUUUUCUCUGAUACCGGUGAUGGGCUCCUCCCCUCCAAUAUAGAAACACCAGGAACUGACUGCAAGAUGCCAGAGACACCUAAAAUAGUCAAAGUAGCCAAAGUGGACCAGCAGCAAACAGCAGCAGCAGCAGCAGCAGCAACAGCAACAGCAACAGCAACAGCAACAGCAGCAGCAGCAACAGCAACAGCAGCUCAAGGUUUCUACGGUGCACAAAAUGGUACAGUUACUAACUCAUCCAAUCAUCAGGUUACAAAUCAAAUACAAGCUUAUCAAGAAUGGUACCAAAGGGAGGCACAAAGCUACCAUCAACAUCACAGUAAUUCAGCGUACAAGACCAUGACCUUGCAGCAGUCACUGGGACAUAGGACUGACCGAUAUAAGACAUCGAUGCUGAGUGGACACCAUUCGAUGUCCUCCAAGGGUGGUUCUGUUUUCAUGGGGAAAGAAGCUCUCUUCUCAUUGGUCUCUCAGAGACUGUCGUCAAUCCAAGCAGUUGAAGAGGCGCUGUGUGAUUAUGACCCCAAAGUGUACACAUAUGAAGAAAGUUCCAUGGCUAACUCAGAGCUGGAUCGCAUCUCCAUUGAGGACGGCAGUUUUGUACCAGAUGACCUCCUGUACCUGGGUCCCAGAUUUCACAGACUGGCCACAAUAUGCAAUCCCACACCAGAACAGCCUUAGAUAGGAGUUGCAGGUACUGUAUGUGGUCAGCCCUGCUCAUCAAGGGCAGACAUCUGCACAGAGUGAGAGACAACCGCUUCUCCAACACUACAAGAAAUGGCCUUUGUAAUGUUCAACUUUUGGGGAUAAUAGAGUAAUAUCAUUUCCAGACCUUACUAAUCUUUUUGUAAUUUCAUACAAUUAUGCUUAUAGUUCAACUGAUUAACAGUUUUUUCUUUUGUCUUUUAUCGCUGAUAUGUUUGGUAAGUAUUUCAUGCUUGAGGACUGAGUUCUUAUGAAGAUUGUUCAUUUGUAAUUUGAUUUAUUGAAUGUAACUGUAUCAUAGGGGAUGUUUGUCUUUACCGAUGUACUCAUUAUCUCUUAAAUGUGAUAGGUUUUUAUUAUGGCUUUUUCCUAUACCAAGGUUGACAGCUGAUUCAUUAUUACUGGUUUGCUGUGAGACACAAAAUCCAGCCUGGAUGACCAUUCAUUUUUACUUUUUCCUAAACUAUUAUAAACUCAACACAUUCUGAUAUUUGGUGAUCCAGUUUUACAAUAAUUUGUUUUCUCAGUGAAUAUGCCAGUUCUUUGGGGGGGGGGGGCAAACUUUCCCUGAACAAAAAUGAGAGCAUUAUUGCCUGAGAUGUGAUAUAUGGCUUUGGCUUCUUUGGUAGACAGGUGACAACAUGUUAGAUUUUGAUAUUGAUACUGAAAUCAACCUGAAAACCCAGUUUUAUACUUCAAAAGACUUGUUAGGUAGAGUAUGUCAUUGCUUGUAGAUUGCUUUUGAACACAGAGAAUAAUUAAUGCAUACAUAUCUCAAUUUCCAUAUUUAAAACCAUCAGUCAGGGCAGAGUAUCUAUGUUUUAUUUUUCUAACACCAGGACAGCAAAGGGAUGUGUAGUGCACAGUACAUUAUACAUACAAGAUCAAGCUACAGGAAACCAGAAAAAAAAUACAAUUCUUGCUUACUUGUUUACAGAUGUAGUCACAGGGUAAAAUGUCUAAUUGUUCAUGUAAGUCUUAUAGACUGUCGAAUGAGUCUCAUUGACACCAUAUGUGCUCUGUAAGAGUUGAAUUAAUGCUGAACAUUUUACUGUGCUCUACUGAGUGAAUAGGGUGAAAUGAUUAUGAUUGUUUAUGAAACAGUGCUCAGUUUUACAUUUCUGUUCCACACUCUGUCAUACUGUGUUUGAAUUUAUGUUGCCACCCAUUCUUAUCUUAAAACAGCUUGACUCUCAGCUUCUCACAUUGUUCUGUAGCUGGUGCUGGAAGAAACCCUUUUUUUAAAUUGUAUAUGCCCCUGAGCUUUCUAUGUAAACUGGAAAUCUUACUAUCUUACUUAUGAUGUUGGACUUGGCUCCAAUGCAUUUCUCAGGGUUCUAUGCAACCAAUGUAUUAAGUUGUGGGAAAUUUUCUGUGAAACACAAACAAGAUAUAAAUUUUAAUCCGUAAAUCAACACAUUAAAUCUGUACCUGACAUUG